AUGGCUUCUUCACUAAUGGAUGGCGGUAGCAAUGAAGAAAAUCAUAUUCAAACAUUUUCCUUUGAACAAGAAAAUACUAAUGAAAAAGUAGAAUGGUUAAAAAUAUUUAAUGAUCUUGAUAAAGAAAAAACUGGAAGAAUUCAUAAACGUGAUUUACAAAGAAGGUUAUAUAAUAAAAAUUAUUUAAAUUUAAAGUCACAUCAACUUCAAACUUUAAUUAAUUCUGUUGAUCAAAAUAAAGAUGAUUAUAUUGAUUUAUUUGAAUUUUGUAUGCUGAUGGCUAAAGCAAAAAAUGAUUAUUAUAAACAAGCAUUAUUUUAUUCCUCAAGAUUUGUCUUACCUCCACAUCAUAAUAAACAAAAAAUAAGUUAUCUACAUCAAUACUCACUUUGCCCACCACCAUUAUUUAUUGUUUUUAUAUGCUUUAUUAAUAUUGGAUUUUUUGUUUUUUAUGAUAAUCAACAUCUAUCUGGAAAUCCAUUUAUAUUAUUAUCAUAUCCUAACCAUGAUGUCUGGAGAUUAUUUACCUACUCACUGAUACAUUCAAGUAUUUCACAUUUAAUUAAUAAUCUUAUUAUUUUAAUUGUUUUUGGUCUUCCACUAGAAUUAGUUCAUGGAUCAUUACGUUUAGGAAUAAUUUAUGUUAUUGGAGCUAUUGGUGGUGGUUUGUUACAUUUUGCAUAUGAUCCAAAAUAUGGAUUAAUUGGAUGUAGUGGUGCUGCAUCAGCAAUAAUGGCAUGUCAUAUUGCAAAUUUAUUCAUCAAUUGGAGAGAAAUGGAAUUAAAAUGGUUUCGAUUGGCUUUCAUAAUAUUAUUUACCUUAUCAUUUGUGGGAAUUUCUAUAUAUGCUAAUGUAACAGAACCAAAUCAUGGAAUCAGUGAUAUGUCACAUCUUGGUGGUGCAAUUGCCGGUCUAUGUAUGGGAGUGUUAUUUUUAAAAAAUUUAAGAGUCACUAAUACAGAAAGAAUCAUUAAAUGGACACUUUUUACUUUUCAUAUGAUCUUUAUAUUAAUUUUAUUCCUCAAUUUUAUGGAUGUUUUUAGUUUUCAAAGACAUAUAUUUAAAAAAACUGAAUAA